UUCAAGUGCUUGCUCUAGUCAUGAUACAAAUGAAUAUUGUACAGUUUCAACUACUAUUUCCAUCUCAAAGUUGGUUAAUCAUAAGAGUAAAAUAAAACCUGUUAUAUUUUUGCAGAAUUACUUUCUAACAAAAUGAAAUUAUUACUGUUUGUCGUGGUCGUCGGGAUUUGCGAUAUUUCAGCAUCACUGACCCCUUUUCAGCUCAGAUAUAAAAUCAGCAAAACACAAUGUGCUCCUGUAAAAGGAUUUGAAAGAAAAACGAUUCCUUGCUAUGAUUUCCGUAACAAGAAACUCGUCGAUCCAAAAGAUUGUGGAAACAAAGCGUACUCUCACUGUUGUAUCUAUAAAUGUUCUUGCAUAGUUAAAGGAGCCGGAACCUCACAAGGUAUCAUUCCAGAAGAAUAUAAAUUAUCAAAAAUAGUUUCAUCGAAAAAGAAAAUUCAGAAACAAGCACGACUGCUCGAAAAUUGUUUAUCAGACUCUUCGCCAACUGAGUCAUCCACGAAAAAAAUUACUAGCAAGAACCCAACAAAAAAUAACGUCAUCAAAAAAUUGAAGUCAUCAGUAGAACAGAAAAAGCAUGAGAAAAUUCAAAAUGAAAAGUCCGUCUCGAAAAAACCGACUACAAAAUCUUAUAACAAGGAAGAAUCAAACAAAAAUCGUCAAAGACCUAGUGUUAAUAAACCGCUUGUACCGAAGUCGUCUGCAAAGAAUGAGUUGUCAACGAAGCCUAGCAAAGAAAUAUCAACGGACCAGAAACCAACUGCUUCUCACGUGAAGCCAACGAAGAAGCCUUGUGUUAAGAAAACAACAAAACCUUCAUUUUCUUUUGGAUUCUUUUCUCGCCUUUCUUUUAUGAUGGAUCAAAUUGGAUUUAACUCCAACGUUGUGAAAAAUGAUCCAUGUGCUUGAUUUGCACGCAGCAGAAUUGUAACAACGCAAUUACUUGAUUGUUUUAUUUAUUUUAUGAAUUAUUGUUAUUUUGAUAUUUUGUAUAGUGUUUUUUGAAAUGAUCAAAAAAUGAUCUCAAUAUGUGUGAAUAUAGAGCAAGAUUCCACUUGCGGUGUUAAUCAUAUUUUGUAAUAAAU